AUGCAAUUGGAUGAAAUAUUCCGUAGACGUCGAAAGACCGAGUCGACAGCACUUGUCAUUUGUCGUGCCUUUAUUAUGAUCAUGGUUAUUGCUCUAUUGGCCGGAUAUAUGACUCUCCUUAUAAUCGAUAUAUGCAAUGACGUUCCGAUACUGAAAACAGAGGCGAGAACGGUGAGCGGUCUUAGACUUCCAACAAUAAAACUUGAGUUUGACUACAAAUUCUUUCUUGGCUGUGUAUUGAGCUAUACUAAUGGAACAACCACGCACUUUCAAGAUUGCGACAAAUAUAUUUCACCGACUACCUUUAACCAAAGUCUUAACAAGUUCCGGGUCUCGUUUGAACCUUCACUUGAUUUAUUAGCAGAGGAUAGAGACCAUCCAAAUGGGCUACUUGGAAUCGGGUUAAUCUAUGGUGUAACUGAUCCAACGUUCAACGACACCGAUAUAAGUACAAUUCAAACAGUUAUAGAAUAUACGGAUGAUUCAUACGAUCAACUCCGAAAGACACUCAAAAUGCGCGACCCAGAAUUAUCCAAUUCUCUGGCAGCGUCGGAAGUACAUUCUCUAUUUUAUAGGCAAGUGUACUUAGUGACAUACAGUCAAAGUGAGAGACAAGUACUGAAAAAAGAUUUGCUGUCUGCUUUUGGCAUUCCGACUGGCACUCUUCAUAUACCUUACGUCACUGCUGCAUUAGAGGGUGGACCAUUGCCUCUUAAUAUGCCUGGAUAUGGAAUGAUGAUAGUUAGACCUCAGACUUACGUUAUUAGGGUUGAGAUCGAGCAAAGAUCAAACACGGUUCUCAGUGCAUUUGGUUUGCUUGGUGGUAUAUGGAGCAUAGCUGCGGGACUGUAUGCCUUCCUAUUAGGAAGAGACUCGAUACGUCCAUGGGGUUGUGUCCAGUCUUAUUGCUGCUGUUUUAUUCGAUCAACACGUUCAAAGCUACGUGAAUCAUUCGAACCAGUCGUUCCGUUUCAAUCCUCCAAAAAAUCCUCCGAAGAAUCGCCAGGUUCAUCAUUUCAAUCAGAAGAUACAACAGAAUCAACAAAAUUAACAAAAUUGCAAGACCGAUUAGACGCAUUGGAACGGUUUAUGCAAGACUAUAUAGUCGAUACAGCAUAUUUAGAUGGGUUGAAAGAGGGCAAAUGUCCAGAUCGAAUAAGCGCUUGGCUGUCAGGUUUAGGCAGACGAGAUGGCGAUGGGAACAAAAAUGCACCCAACAGCACAAGCACAAACACGCCGGAAAUACCAAUCCAAACCGUAACAAGUUUGCCUAAUCCGCCCUCAGAUUCUUAUUAUUCUUCCCGACCCAACGCAUACGCGUCCGACUUACCGGAGAGACAGGCUUUUCAGGUCGAAUCACAAUCAGCUCAACAAGGAUAUGAUCAACAUUUGGGUCAACCAAUGUCUGAAUUCGAUCAAAGUCUUAUAAUGGUGAAUGUGGAUACACACGAUAAUGACGCUCGAUCAACCCCGAUGAUUUACACGGCACCACAGUUUUAUGAAGAAGGAAGCAUAUAA